AUCAUUUUUAUUUUUUUUUUCUUGUAUAAUUUUCUUAGUGCGUGAUACAUUUCUAUUUUUUAAAAAAUUCUUUCAUAACAUCCAUUUUUUCGUCCGCAAAAAAGUUACUUUAAAUUCUUUUUAUAUAAAUACGAACAUAUUUUACGUUCUUCUAUCAUAGCAAAAAAAAAGCUACGAAUAUUUAAUGCAGCAGCUCCAACUGACAACCGCAGCACUUGAUUUGGAUUUGGUAAACCAAUAUUUCAACCUAAUGCAAGUAAUGCAACCGGUACAACAAAUUUCGCAGUUGAAUGAGUUAUUUUACCAACCACCGAAUGAUGAUAAUUUCUAUCACAUAACUUUUAACCCGACCAUAAAACUUUCAGAAAAUGGGACUUUACAACUUUCGGAAAAUUUUGAGGAUAAUUACGAUUAUGAGUUUUUUUAUGAAGCUAGUUUACCUAGUUAUCAUGUUACGUGUAAAUUGUUCCCACGCUCUUUGAUAAUUGAUAUAUUAAAUAAGGAAAUUUAUGGAAUUGAUUUCGAUGUAAACGACUUGAGAUAUAAAGACGCGUUAACUUUGAAUCAAAAGAUUAAUCUUGAAAUGAAUUUAACACAAGAUCUUCCUUCUUUACAGGAACAGAUUUUAAAAAGCGACUUCAAGAAUGCUUCAAUAGACCAAAUCCUAACUCCACAACAAGCUUUGCAGUCGAAUGAACUUAAAUUAUUUUAUCAACCGCCAGGCGAUAUUAACAUCUAUAAUGUUAUUUGUAAAAUUACUUUGCAAGAUUAUCACGAUGUCAAUUACGAUUAUGAAUUCUUUUACCAGAUUCCAGAUGAUAUAAGACAUGUAACAUGUAAAUUUUUAUCGCCUUCCUUGAUUAUAGGUAUUUUGAAUAAGAAAAUUUAUGGAAUCAAUUUUGACGUAAACGAAUUUAAACGCAAACAUACAUUAACCUUGCAACAAAAAUUAAAUCUCAAACUAAAUUUAAAAAAUCACAUCCAUGAGAUCGGAUUUUGAUGGAAAUAGAAUUUCUUUUCAUGGAAAUAUUGAAAGCAUGCGACACAAAUAAUUGAGUAUUUCGAUAAUGCAAAUGCUCAAUCACAAUUUCGAAUUAAUAUUUUUAGUUUUUUUUUCUUUAAAUUAAAUUUAAAAUAAAUUUUAAGAUUGUAAGUAAUUAAAAAAAUGUAUAAUUUUUUAAAUUAUUUUAAGGAAACACUUG